AUGGCCGUCUGCCGCACCAUGGCGCGAGCCAUCGGUCAACGCUGCACCUCCCUCUCCUCUUUCCUCUCUCUUUCUCCUUCCUCUCCUUACUUCUCUCUCCCUCAUCUUCUCUUUCUUCCGCAGGGACCGAUCCAUGGCGCUGGAUCGAUUCGAGCGUCGCCCUUCCCUUGCAGGUCGCUACCGCACCCUCACGCCUCGGGUCCGGUGGGAUCCGGGAUGACGAGGGGGGAUGGGAUGCGUGAGGGGAAGGUCGCUGCCGCUCCACCAUCUCCCCCUCCUCCGCCACCAGAGGGCGCCGCCGCCACCGUUGUCGAGGGAGUGGAGGGCAUGAGGAGAGCGCUGCCGCUGUUGUCCUUUGCCUGCAGGUCGGCACCGUGGUGGGGAUCCAAGAAGGAGGAGGGGGCAGAAGGGAGGAAUGGUGGGGGGCUGUGGGAGAAGAGGAGGCGGCUGAGGAGGAGGAGGCGGAGCCCGGGCACGCUCGGGGUGGAGCACGGGAGGAUGGAGGCGGCCGUGGGAUUGGGGAAAGGGGUCUAG